CUGAGCAGCCAAGGGUGGGCUCUGGAUAUAUAAUCCUGAUACGUCACUUGCAGGGGAUUCAGAAAACAAAAAACCUACCCCUGCUCAAAGACGUCACCACCACCACAGAGAGAGACUGGAGCAGGACUCAACCUCGGCUGGACACUCGCAGCGCAACACACAAGCACGCACCAGGAGCGCAGGAGCCAAGCCAUGUUACAUUAACAGCAACAAGAGACAGAGGAGAGGGGGGGGAUCCGUCCUUCAUGCUGCAGCUCCUGAGGAGAGAAUGAAGCGCAAAAGCGAGAAGCGACGAACCGAGUCGAGGAAAAAACGCCGUGCAGCGCACAGCAGCUCAGAGGCGGAGCCAAACUCUGAUAUUUACAUUGAGAUAACAGAUCAACUGUAUUUUGCCAUACUUCAGCAAAAGAUCAAGAGCACAGCUGACCGACACUGUUUCUGCAUAGAUGAAGAGCUGGCAUAUGAGAACUUCUAUGCGGACUUCGGACCCCUCAACCUGGCCAUGUUUUAUCGCUUCUGUUGCAAGUUGACAAAGAAGCUCAAGUCAAUUACGCUCACAAGGAAGAAAAUAAUUUUUUAUACCUGCGGGGAUCAGAAGAAACAAGCCAACGCUGCCUACCUGAUAGGCUCAUAUGCAGUAAUGCACCUGAAUAUGACACCAGAGGAAGCCUACGGUCUGCUGGUAUCCAGGAAUUCAACUUAUCUCCCGUUCAGGGACGCCUCGUUUGGAACCUGCAUGUACAAUCUGGACAUUCUGGAUUGCCUGCGUGGCAUUCACAAAGCUCUGCAGUUCGGCUGGCUGGACUUCUCAAACUUCGACGUGGAGGAGUACGAGCACUACGAGAGGGCGGAAAACGGCGACUUCAACUGGAUCAUUCCCGGGAAGUUCCUCGCUUUCAGCGGGCCUCAUCCCAAAAGCAAGAUAGAAAAUGGGUACCCGCUACACGCUCCUGAAGCCUACAUCCCGUACUUCAGGAAACACAACAUCACCACCAUCGUCAGACUCAACAAAAAGAUGUACGACGCCAAACGAUUCACCGAGUCGGGCUUCGAGCACCACGACCUGUUCUUCGUGGACGGCAGCACGCCGAAUGACGGCAUCGUCAGAAAGUUCCUCAACAUCUGCGAGAACGCAGAGGGAGCCGUGGCGGUCCACUGCAAGGCUGGCCUGGGAAGAACCGGCACGCUAAUCGCCUGUUACAUGAUGAAACAUUACGGCCUGACUGCAGCGGAGGCCAUAGCGUGGAUACGGAUCUGCCGACCGGGAUCCAUCAUCGGACCACAGCAGAACUUUGUAGAAGAGAAGCAGUACGGCCUGUGGGCGCAGGGCGACGUGGUCCGGGAGAAGAAGCUGACCGAGCGGGAGAACGGGAAGCUGGCCGUCACCAGGAUCCUGUCCGGGGUGGAUGACAUCAAGAUCAACGGCAGCAACAAGAACAGGGCGCCCAAGAAAGACGAAAUAGAGCUGUACAACGACGAAGACGAGAGGAACGGCCUCACGCAGGGCGACAAGCUGCGAGCGCUGAAGAGCAAGAGGCAGGCCAGGUCUUCGUCGGGCUCUCUGUCACAGGAAGAGAACAAAAUAAACACCAGGUCGUCGUCGCAGUCCCUCAGGGUGAUUAUACAGGACAGCGUUCAGGGCGCUAAGACCAGCAUCGGCUCCCUGGCUCUGUCUGACCGCUCGGACAGCAGGAAGCGGACCAGAACCUCUCUGCCUGCUAACGGAGUAGGAGGAAGCUCGCUGAGCCAGUCCAGGCUGGUCAGGUCCCUAGGCAACCUGCAUGUAGUGGCUGACAACAGCGACCCGCUGUGCUGUGAGCCACGUGGCAGCCAUAGAGACACGGCCAGUGUCAGAACCAACACAGGCGCCCUCACCAGCUUAAACGCAGCACAGGGACACCUGCAGACCCGCUGUGUCACGAGGACGUAAAGCACGCAGCUCUUUGCAAUCAAUUAGAUUUUCCAGGCUAUGUCACUCCAUACCCAAAGCUAGAGCUCCUCUUCUCCGGUAAACCUGUGGAUCUGGAAAAAUCCCGAGGAUAACCGACAUGGACUUUCAUUUUUUUAAAGAAAAUAGAAGAGAAAAAAAAAGGCAUGCAUGAAUAUUGACUUGAUACGACGGUUUACUGCAGAGGCACAAAGAUAGUUUUAUAUUUUUUCUUAAAAACUCUUAAUUUUCAAACAUAUGCGUGUUUUACUUUCUGAAUCAAGCAGCUGCAGACGGAACUGCAACUUUUAUGUUAAGUGUAAAUCUGAGAAAUUUAUUGGUCAAAAGAAAUAAAAUUCAUAGCAUGUACUGUGCACAGUUGUACUGCCAUUCAGCAUGUUUUGUACAAGGCAAGUUGUUUGGCCAGCUUUCCAGCUCUCAUUUCAAAGCUGUACGUGUCAACAUUUAAUCUGUUUGUAUAUUGUAAAUAUUUUGUACUAUUAAAAAAAAAAUCAUGUCUUGAAACUGUCCAAAAAGGGCCUUUACUCUUUAUAAUCAUGUAAAAAAAAAUUAAAUAUAUAUACUCCCA